UUAACACCAUGGAAUCAUAUCAGUCCCCCAAUACACCUUUGCGCAUCGACACCGAAUGGCUUGCUAACGCCAACUCACCAUCGAACUCCUUUUCUUCUACCGGUCCCAGCGGUCGCGACGUGCCUGCUCUCCGCGUUUCGACUUCGCCUACAAGAACAGGCUUUGAGAAACCUCCUCCUUCUCCACGUAAAGAUAAUUCCCUCAAGAGCACAAGUAGAGGAAACGAAUCCAAAAAGCUUCUCGCACAUGUGCUGGAGCAAAUCAAGGAUUGAAAUAUGCCACCAUCAGUAUACGAUGCGUUGUCGUCUGCUGCGGAAAACUCGAAUGAGAAAAAACUAGGGUCCUUUAUAGACAGGGCAGUUAAGAGGAGGGAUGCAGGGAAGGAUCGGAAGGCAGCUCUAUAUGCAGAUGAUGAAAGCGAGGACGAAGAUGAAAGAGCCUUUUCCAUAGAUGCGACGUUGGAACUCAUGACACGACUUCGAGAGCUACUUAUCAUAUCUGCCUCGCAAGGCUGGCGGAUAUUCGAUGAUGGUAUAUCCCAAGAUCCCUAUAUGCAACGCACCUCAAGCGGUGGCAGGUUCUCAUCACCCUUUCGACGCUCCCUUCAGCCUAGGGGAAAACGUUCUAGAUCUCCCUCUCCAGAUCCUAAAGCUCGAGAUACUACUUCCACAGGUCUUCUAACACAAUGUAUCAGUGCCAUUGCUUCUGUUGUCUCGGAAGAUUGUCGCUUCCAGAUAGCUUCUCCUUCUCCUUCGCGCCCGCCGUACGCAUUGCAAGCCGUAACACUGGAAGUCGCCCAAUUCUUGUUACAUACUUAUCGACGCGCCUCUGAGAUCGUAUCUCAAAUCGUUUUCGCUCUCAUACCCGCAUUCUCGACCUUCCCGAGAGAGAUGCACGCGCGUCUCUUAGCAUUUUUUGAAGAAUGCGUAACGAGAAACGCGUUAGAAGAGCUCAGCUUGAUUCAAGGCGUUCGAGGUAUCAAAUCAGCUCAAGGCAAGCGGUCUAAAUCUGUGUUUCCACCAUUAUACCUAAUAUCUGGUAUCAGGUCCUCGGCAGCAAAUUGAAGAACAGAACGAAACAGUGGUUUCUAUCAGGGUUGAUGAAGCAUUUGACGAUCCAAUGUCUCCCGGCACUUCUGAAUGGACGCUGUGGACACGUAUUGGCGCUCAGCUGGUGUCAUUGAGGUCGACGAAUUCACCGUUUCAAUCACCAUCCACGUAUGAUUAUGCUUCAUUCUUCUCGCCGCUUCUAGCAGCUAUUCUUGAGAACAUAGACUUUGUUCGCAGCCGUGUUGAGGUGCUACAACGCCUGUAUAGAUUACUU